CAGACUGCUUGCUGACCUGGGAAGUUUGGAAAGCCCUAGACCACGAGCUCUGCUAGUGCGCAUGUCACAGAGAUGCUGAGGACAGUGUCCAUGUCGCUGAGAUGCAAAAGGCCCUUGGUCCCAUCUCUCUUCUGCAUCCGCAUCUAUAUUUCAGUGAGUCAAAGGCCUGGUCCUGGGCAGAGGACAGUCUGGGACAAGCUCUUGGUUCGUCCUUCCUUGUGACCUGGUGAACACUGGUGCAGCCCCGUGUCCCUGGGCCUUCACUGCACCUGGUUUCUACCGCUCCUAGCAGAUUUAGACAUGCUUGUUUUUAGCUCCUGGGGAUGGGACCAUGGUCGGCACGUGCUGGGCUGAGCUGCAUCCCAGCACGCAGUCUUGCUUUCAUAUGGGUGAGAUCCCACAUCUUCAGCUCUUUAUCCAGGCCUGAUUUCAUAUUCUGUUAAAUCACUCGGCUUUGUCCUCGUGGCUUCCUGCUUGCCGUAGGCACAAUCACAAGCAAGCACAACUUCCGCAGAGCAAGUGCGCACGUGUGCUAAAAUAAGAGCAGACUCACUCCAAACACAGGAGAAGUCCUGAGCCUUUAAUUAAGGGGCUAAAUGCAAUCCGACAAAGGGUUUCUGUGAGAGCUGAUUGCUCCGGCUUGUGCGUCACUGCAUGAGUGUGGAGAGGCGUGCAAGUUUUCAAUGGACGUGUGCAGACCCCCAAGCAGGUGGUGGUAGAGCUUAAAACACCAGAGAAGAGACCCUCAUCCACAAAGCACAGACCUCAGGACCUCCAAGGAGCAUGGGUGGCCGCAGCACAGGAGGCAAGUGGCCGGCAGCCUUCGGGCUGCUGCUGCUGCUGCUCCUCUGGGGGAUCGCAGCCUCCGCCCUUCCCCUGGAGAGUGGGCCCACUGGCCAGGACAGUGUGGAUGCCGCAGAGGGGAGGAGGACCGGCCUUCUGACUUUCCUGGCCUGGUGGCACGAGUGGGCUUCUCAAGCCAGCUCCAGCACCCCCGUCGGAGGGGGUACCCCAGAGCUGUCUAAGCGGCAAGAAAAGCCACUCCCCCAGCAUCCCACACACCGGGAUAAAAAGCCCUGCAAGAACUUCUUCUGGAAAACCUUCUCCUCGUGCAAGUAACCCCACCCUGGCCCC